UCCAAGAUGCAGCUACUAAUAAACUGACGGAUGUUAAAGAAAUGACUUCUUUGGGCCUUCAGUAUGCAAUUGAAAAACAUAUACUCCUCGAUCUCAAUAUCGAUUUACAUGCUCCGUUGGUGAUUAUUCCUUCAGAGGGAAAGUUCAUUGAACAAGCAAACGUCUUAUUGGUGAAUUUGGGCCGCUUAAAAAUAUUUACCCAUGGCAAACGGUCGUCUGCAUUCGAAGUGAGAAAGUUAUAUGAGCAGGGAAAAGACCAAAAGGAUAUUUUUGAGUUCAUGAAAAAAAAUUGUUAUGAUAAUUUCCGGGUAGAAUUAUCUGAUUUACAAAUUUUAAUAGCAGAAAGCAACGAAAAUUGGUUGACAACACUUAGUGAUUCUGUAACAUCAGAUAUGCACUUAUUAAGUCCACUUACCCUCUCUAUUAAUUAUUCUAAAUGUUUGAUUGUAGAUGAUCCACGUUUGCCACUCAGUAUAAUUACUGGGGAGUUGCCUUCUAUCAGUAUUAUAUUUUCGAAGGCAAGGUUAAUUUUAUUAGUUGCUCUAAUGGCAAGUAUUGAUUUUUCCGGCAAAGAUAUUCCUCAGCCUCAACCUCUUUCGAAAGCUAAAGGUUCUAGUAGAAUGUUACUCAAAUAUAAAGAACUUCAGGACACUGCUGCUAAACAGACAAAACGUUUAUUGAACACUCUUCCAUCUGAGUCUACCAAGAAAGAGGUUAUUCAAUUAACCACUUUACAGAUGAAAUUUAUAAUGUCAGAAUUCGCCUUAAAAAUAAACAAUCAAGAAAUAAUUGGCGGCCAAUCUACUGAGUUCGUAUCAUUCGAAGUAAAUUCUUUGGAAUGUGGUUUGAUACAGCAAACAUAUGUCACCCAUGUGUCAUUAUUAAUUGGCAGCAUUGGAUUGCAGUUGCAUAGACAUGAACAAGUGAUAGAGAUUAUUAAAACUCCUUCGUCUGGUAAAGUAAAAGAGUGUUUAUUCAAGGCCAUAUAUUUUCAGGUAAAUGAAAAAUGCCCAGAACUACAUUCGACUUACAAGUCAUGCGAAUCAUGUUUGUCAUUGAAUUUUGAAAUUUUGUAUAUUCUACUUCAUCAAGAAGGGCUUCUUUCGGUGAUACGAUUUACAACGGACAUUCAAGAUGAGGUGAAUCUACUUACUCAAAGUAGCCACAAAAACAGGAUUGUGUCUGCAAAAUCUGAUAAACAGCUUUUUUCUACCAGUGAACAUCUGAUUGGACAAAAAAAAAAAGCAAGAAGGAAAUUACCCGUUGUGGUCGCCACAAUCAAAUUCAAAUUAAUGGUAAUACUCAAAGAAGUUGAAAUUAAAUUUGGAACUGAUACAAGUUACAUUUCAUCUUGGGCAAUUAGAGGAAUUGAUACUACUGUUGUUGUUAAAGAUACCUACACCCAAAUCAAUUCAAUUCUGCAAGAAAUCUCUAUUAUGGAUUUAAAUCCAAGUACACUUCAUAAAUUGAUUUUGUCAGGUACUGAAGGAGUAGCACUCACAACACAAAUAGUAUUCAAUAAUUCGACUGUUAAGUCUGAUAUAUCUGAUAUGGAUGUAGUGGUUAAACUUGGGGAAAUGCGAAUUGUUUUCCUCAAUUGGUUCGUCUUGAAUAUGUUGAAUUUUCUUAAUCAGUUCCAAGCUGCCCAACAGAAAAUUAUCGAGGCUUCCCAAGCUGCUGCUCAAACUGCCAAGGAGAACAUGAAAGAAGUUUAUACUAAAGCUACAAAAGUUUCUCUGAAUAUAAAUCUGAAAGCCCCAAUAAUACUUUUUCCAGUUGACUCUCAAAAUUAUAAUUGUUUACUCUUGGAUAUGGGAGUUAUUACACUAUCAAAUGCAUUUUUGAAUCUAGAUGUUGAAAAUGAAGAACAUCCAGUUGUUGUCGAUGAUUUGAAAAUAACAUUGACUGAUCUAAAAGUUUCUAGGAUUAAAUUGAAUGAAGAAUACCAAACCAUUACAGAAAGUUCGUUACUGAAACCUUUGUCAUUUAACAUUGCAAUAAAGAGAAAUCUGUCUACCUGGUAUACAUCUAUUCCAGAUAUCACUGUAUUUGGAAAAAUUGAAAUGAUUGAGAUCUCUCACUAACUUGAUAUGGGAGAUUUGCACAAGACUGGACUAGAGUUUUAAUAUAAUCUGGAAACAGGUGAAAACUUCGUUACUUCUGCCUGCCGGCGAGAACAAAACGAUCUAAUUUAUGACACUAUAAAUAUUACUUCAAACUUUACUGACUGACAUUAAUAAUCUUUCCUAAUUA